CAUAUUCCUAUUCUAAGUAGGAAAUACUUAUUUCUAUUCUAACAGUUACCUUACAUAUAACAUUUCAACUUAUUUCCUAUCAUACAAAAUCUUAUAAAAAACUCUCCCUUUUUAGGAGUGGAAAGGAGGGAUAUGAUGGUAUUCUAAUAUCCUAAACACAAUUAGUACAAUCACUUGUCUCUUCUUCUUUCCUAAUCAAGGUUAAAUACUUAUGCAUGCAUUUACAAAUGGUGGAUGGCACCAAAAAUAUCUAAGAACUAGUUUAGCAGUGAGCUCAAAUUCUGCAUGCCCUUGAAUUCUCACAAUUGCAAUUCUACAAGUAGUUAAACUUGUUACUUAGUCUACUACUAAUGAUUUUCAAUAAAAUAUGUAUAUUUAUCCCUUCCAUUAUUUCUUGUAGGAUAGCAAUGAACAGACUAAAUGAAUAGAUUCUCUCGGAAUGCUAGCUAAGCUAAUCGUCUUAGUUCCCUUCAAUUUCAAUAAGCUUUUUGAUUGAUUCAGGUGCCGCCUCCCUUUUUAGAAUUAGAACCCCAAUCUGAUUGUUCUGGAUGUUUCAUAUGCAUUUAUCUUUUUCCCGGUAUAUACUUGUAAGGAAUCAUUUUGGAUUUCUUCUGCAUAAAUUCUACUCUAUGGGUCAAUUAAGUGGAUUUCAGAGUUUCUUGUCUAAUUGGAUACUUGGUUCUGACCAGAUACUAUGAAUGUGAUGAUUGUUUGUUUAUAUCUAAUAGGUGCUUAGAUUUAUAAAAGAUUUCACUUCGCAUUCAAGUUUGACUACUGAGAACAUGAAAGGAAAGGGGAUAAAAAGAGAGGGGUAGAAAAAGCAAGAGCUUGCUUUAAUGAAGCAAUAACACUGUAGAAAAGAUGUGGUGUUCUCUUCUUUAAUUCUACUAUCCCUAAAACAAUCAGAAAGUACUAUUACUCAUAUAAUUUUUGUAACUAGAGAUGCCUAAGAUAGGAAAUAGGAGGAAACAUAUUUAAUGGCGAAGGCAAGUGUUGACCUUUAAUUUAACAGUUACUGAUCUCCGUCACAUUAACAACUCAUGCUUUUAUUCGACAGAUCAAGAGUGGGUUAUUUUUGGUUUCAAAAGAGUAACAAUUUAUCUAUCAAAUAGUAAUAGUACAUGCAGUAGUCCUAUAAUACACAGUCCCUAAUUUGUCUGUUCCCAAAACAUCCAAGACAAAUAACAACUCAUGUUACUCUCAAGUGAACAAAUUUGCUUAUGUGCACAAAGAAAUAGUUACAUGUUUAAAUGCGGAUAAGAUAACAUUUUAGUCUCUUUGUCAUUUGUGAAACAUGCAUAGGUGAAGUUUGUUCCUAUGCAUCUCUGUUAAAAGUUAAUGUAAGAAAACUAGGUGUCAGGUGGGACUCUAUAUCCUUGAAAUACUGAACCAACAACUAUCAUUUUUAAAUUUUGUGUUGAUAAGUUGAACUGUAAUUUGACCAUGAAUUCAAACAUGACUUGCUUGUUGCUGCAACAAGCACCAGAAACUUAAGAUUAAACUUUAAAAGCUAUCAACACUUUGAAUUGACUUCCACAAAUAUGCAAAGUCAUCCUUCAAGCACAGGAAUAUCUGUUUUAUGCCUAAGUAUCAUUGCCAAUCACUUGUGAACAUACUUUUUAAUUGAAGCUGAAAAAGGCUGCCACAGUUGUCACAUCCGCUCGCAUAAUAUAUUCCACCAAAUGGAAGUUAAAAAGUUGAAAUAUGUGUGUUGCAUGCAUGUAUGUAUGUAUGAGAUAAAUAAUUUAACUACUAGAAAGAGACUUUUCUGAAAUUAACUUUAAUGAAGAGUUACAUGUCCUUUUAAAGGUUUGAUUAACCAAGAAACAUAUUUAGCAUCUUCUAAAAAAAUGAUUCUUGAAUCCCAAUCACCAUUACAACUUCCUAUUUUGGAUAUCUCCCAACCAUCAAACUCAUCUACUCUAUCUUCUCUUGCUGCUGCCUGCAAAGAAUGGGGCUUCUUUCAUGUUAUCAAUCAUGGAAUCUCCAAUGAUCUUUACAGAAAAAUUAAUUGCCUCUCCAAACACCUCUUCAACCUCCCUUCUGAGACCAAACUAAAAGCAGGUCCUUACUCGUCUUUGAAAACUUAUACUCCUCAUUUCAUUGCAUCUCCAUUCUUUGAAAGCCUUAAAGUGUCUGGACCAGACUUCUCUGACUCUGCUAAGGGUUCUGCGGAUACCCUUGCUGGUGAAGGGAAUUCAGAAUUCAGUGAAAUACUGCAAGAAUAUGGAGGCAAAAUGACAGAGUUAGCGAAAGUCAUCCAGAAAACUGUCUUGAUGAGCUUGGGAGAAGAACUUGGAAUGAAGUAUUAUGUCUCAGAAUUUGGUAAUUGCAAUGGAUACUUGAGGAUAAAUAACUACUCGCCCCCGGAUAGUUUAGAACAGGAAGUUGAAGGCCUUGGUAUGCACACUGAUAUGAGCUGCAUAACAAUUGUCUAUCAAGAUGAAUUAGGUGGCCUCCAAGUAAGAUCAAAGGAUGGGAAGUGGGUGGAUAUUUUGCCAUGUGAAGGAACUCUUGUAGUAAAUAUUGGUGACAUGCUGCAAGCUUGGAGCAAUGACAAACUAAGAUCCUCUGAGCACCGUGUCAUUCUGAAGAAGCCGGUGAACCGCUUUUCUUUAGUUUUCUUUUGGUGCUUUGAGGAUGAGAAGGUGAUCUUGGCACCUGAUGAAGUAGUUGGUGAAGAAAAUUCAAGAAUCUACAAGUCAUUUGUUUGCUCUGACUAUUUAAACUUUAGAUUGACCAAUGAGAAUGGUAAAUUUGAGAAAGUUGGUUUUACAGUUAAGGAUUUUGUUGGGAUUGGAUCCAAGUUAAAGUAGAAGCAUGGUUAUCAUUCUUUGAGUUGUUAGUUUAUAAGCUUGUACAUCUCCUCAUGUUUCAUCAUUGCAACAUAGGUAUCUAGGAGUUCUGUUUGUGUGGAAGUUUUUUUUAUAUAAUAGUAUUAUGUUUUGUUAUUUGAUGAUAUUGUUUGCAAGUUACUUGUAAGUGCAUUCAGUGAAUGAUAAGAAGAUGUAUACAGAAAGGUUUUGACUUGACAUGGAUAA